UAUACAUUUUAGACUCUUGUCUGGGAUGUCUGCUGUCUGCUAUUCCCGCGCCCUGAUUGGUCGUUGACACGAAGGGGGCGGGGCUUGGUCAUAACAAUGCACUUCAAGAAUCAUACACGCGCCAAGGGGAUGUUUUCCGUCGUUGGUUUAAUAACCGUCGCUUUUUACGGCUGUUAACGGCGUUUCCUGCUCAGGUAGUCGGUGUAACUAACGGUCAGCGUUUCCAUGGUUUCCGCAGAACACGGCUCUCCUAUGCAGCUACAGAGAGCGCGUGUAAGGUGGCUAAAGUUAGCGAGCUAAUACUCUGUCGGGGACGUUUAUUUUCAAUAUAUCUAGUCGGAAGGUCCUCUGUUUAUGUUUUAUUAUCGCUACAAGUUUUGUCUUUCGGACGAUGAAAUUCGCUUUGAAGGAUUCCGAAAAGAAUAACUUGUAUGGGAUACGAUAUUUCGGAAGCUAAAACACCUGCAGUCCUCUUCAGUCACCAAGGAAGGAAACUAGCUAAGAAAGGUUAAGACAAUCAGAGGCAACAUACAAGUGCCUCCACUGUACACUUUCCUUCCCCAGAGUGUGACUCGUCUGCACGACGUCACCAAUGCGACCAUGGGAAAUAGCAGUAAAUAGGCUGCCACCAACAGCCCCCUUAAACCCCAGGAGGUUUCUCGGAGAGCCCUGCAACGCCCCAGUGCAUCUCAGGAGAAGCCCACCAGUGAGACACCAGUGGGGGAGACGAGACAGACCUGUACAGCACACUUCCCAGAUCCAGGAUGAGAACUUCCACCACCUCUUUUUCUCCCAACACCCCCAACAGGUUUCUUUAGAUGAGUCCAGACAGUACAGCCACACCAGCACAGUACCACGCAUGCUUCACCCUGCUGCCCACCUGCCCCAGCAGAGCCCCAUCAUGGUGGAUCUACAUGACCAGAUGCACCAGGGAUCUGUUCCAAUAUCUUACACUGUUACGACGGUGACGACCCAUGGAUUUCCCAUUCAUGCCGGGCAGCCGCUUCCAGGGUGCAACACUCAGCAACUCCCAGCAUGCUCGGUAAUGUUCAGCGGACAGCUCUCUCUGCUCUGCUGCCUUCCUCCUCCUCUCAUACAGGCAUGCACCAUGCAGCAUAUACCUGUGUCUUUUCAAGCUUUCCCACCACUGAUGUCCAGCGAACAUUUUGUAUUGCACCCGACCCCAUCUGUACCCCCCCACCAGCCGCCGCACCUUACUCCUUUGAGCCAGUUUGUCCCUUUACAGCCUCAGCACCCACGCAUGCCUCUACAGAGGGUAGACAAUGAAGUUGACCUAAGAGGGGACCAGCACCCAUUGGGCACCUUCUCCUACCCUCCCUCUCAUCAUCCACCAGCGCUGCCUCCUUCACUGCCCCUACAGUAUCUUCCUCAAGAGCCUCUGCAUCAGGAGCUUCCCUUCGGAGUGCCAUAUCCCCACAUGCUGCCACGGCGAGUGAAUGGACAAAGAUUUCGGCUGCAGCAGCCCCUCCCCCCUCCUCCUCCACCUCCGUCUUACUACCCUGGUUUCCUCCCUUACUUUCUGUCAAUGCUUCCUGUGCCUCCAACAGCAGUGGGCCCAGCCAUCAGCUUAGACCUGGAUGUGGAUGAUGUGGAGAUGGAAAAUUAUGAAGCACUUCUAAAUUUGGCAGAGAGGUUGGGUGAAGCAAAACCACGUGGACUCACGAAAGCAGAUAUAGAGCAACUUCCAUCCUACAGAUUCAACUCAGAGAAUCAUCUAUCUGAACAGACGCUGUGUGUUGUGUGCUUUAGUGACUUUGAGUGUCGGCAGCUACUUCGAGUGUUACCUUGUAACCAUGAGUUCCACGCUAAAUGUGUGGAUAAAUGGUUAAAGACCAAUCGCACUUGUCCAAUUUGUCGAGCGGAUGCCUCGGACGUGCACCGAGAGGCAGAGUGAGGCCAGUCUCUGAGUGCUGAACUGGAAAAGCUGCACCCACCAGAGUCUUGCCUCAAAGCUGGGGACACCUGCCACAUAACCUGCGUCCUCCAGUAAAUAUAGCUUAACAAACCCACAACUCCUGCCCCUUCAGUUGACGAUAAAGAAAUCCAGGACUGUUGUUGGAGUGCGUUGUUUUCUCCGAUGUGCUUCGUUGUCUGUCACAAAAACCCACUGCCUACAGCCCGACUUCUGGGAUUGCCAGCCACUUCUAUCUCUGCCCCCACCCCACACGUUGCAGAUUCCAAAGAUUUUCCCUGCAAUGCAUUAUUCGCUGCUUUUUGUUUACAGGGUUUCCUCUUUUUUUUUUUUCUUCUUUUUUUUUUUCCAUUUGUGGAUUUUGGCGGCGUUCACAAAAAAAAGUCAAAGUCCUGCAUUGGAGGAGACGAGUCAGAAGCCUGGAGGAUGACAGGCUUUGGGCGCCUUGUGCAAUUAGGAGAAAAAUGUUAGGAGUACUUCAGCGUGGGUAUUCGUGUUCAGAGGCGACACUUAACCAUCAGAGAUGCAUGUUCGUUUAGGUGUUUGGCAAAGUGACCUGUUAAUAAUGUAUGUUCUGCAAUAACGUAUCAAUUGUUUUUAAUAGUUUUUCCUCCUAAUCGUUUAAAACUUUGCCGAAGCUGUCGGGGAGAGUGUGAUUUGCUGCAGCGGCAAACAGAUUCUGUUUAAGCCAGGGGUCAUGGACUGCAAGUGACGGGACUUGGAGCUGCGGGGGGGACUCUUAAAACCCCCGUGAUCUUCUCCGGAAAACAGAUCUGUUCGAAAGCAGUGAUGGAUUGUCGAGUCCGUCCGCCGUUAACUGCACAAGUGCUACAAUCUUCUCUCCAUGUCAGCAUUGUGUGUGAGCGUGUGCGCGCGUGUGUGUGAGUGUGUGUGUGCGCACAUUGUUUGUCCUGUUCAGAGCCAAUGCAUUUGUGUAACCACUGGAUACAGGGCAGCAUGCUAGGAGUUGCAUGAACUGUUGAUUCAGACUAGCAAUAUUAUCAAGCAUUGCCACCAAAAUGAUUCACUUUUAAAAGAUAGCAUACUAGAAAAAAAAAAGAACUUGCUCACCUAAAAAAAAAAAAAAAAAGCACCACAAGGAGGGGUUUAAAAAAAACAAAAAAGCAUGUGGUUACACCCUGGUUGUUAUGAAAGAGAGGAAGAGCUCGUCCAAAGGCACCGCCGAUCCUGAUGAGUUCUGGAAGCCAGUGUGUGGAAAGCAAUACGUGCUGUGAGCGGACAUUUUCUUCCCCUUUUAGGAAGACUGGCUUUUUAUUUCUUUCUUUGUGAGCCAAAUCCAAUAUAUGUAUUUAGCCUACUGUUAAAAAACAUUUCAGAUCUGCCUUUUUAUGACGUUGACAAGCACAAACCUGUUACUAAUCCUAAAAAAAUACCUUUUUUUUUCUUUCCUUUUUCACUUCUUUGAAUAGUUUUUAAAAGAAAACAACGUGUUUAUUUAUUGGUUUUAUCCUUAAGGGAAAAAAAAAAUCAAUUGAAGGAAACCGUUGAAGCGCUAACGAUUUUUUGCAUUAGGUGUCCUAAUCUGGUCAGGUCGUUGUCUUAGGCCGUGGUUAACGGUGUUAUAAAAGAGCAACUGUAUGUACAGCUUCAGUGUGGAUCCUUUCAGAUAAAUGUUCGAAGACAGAAGAAUGUUAGAAGUCUAUAAGGUGGCGCUCCACGUUACCAACUGCUGUCUUGUUUCCCCACAGUCCAAAAAGAUUCAGCUGGAGUGUUCAGUCGCGUAGAAACACUGUAGGACUUCUCCCCCUUUUCUCCCUCCCUCCCCCCGCUCGUGUUAGGCGUGAAAAAAAAAAACAGGACAAAUAGGGGUUAGGAGGGGAAAGAGCAACGAAUGAACUUAUGUUUGUGAUUUACUCUGGUCUCUUUGCCUGCCCCGGUGAGCACUAACAGGCAGUGAGAGCCUUUGCUGUGACGUGUAAAGGAUUCUUGCCUUUUCUUUACUUUUGUUUAAGUGAA